AUGAGUACCGCCCAUCGCCUCCUCCUCGCCCUGUUCCUCCUAACUGCCACGUGUCAAUGCCUCUCUGUCCGAUAUGUCCGCCCUAGUAAUGCGCCGAGCGGCAGUGGUGGAAGCGGCGGCAACGCCGGUGACGGUGGCAGCGGUCUCUAUAUCGUGCGCCUUCGCUCCGCGCCCCCCCUCGCCGCGUAUCGCGGAGCCGUCGCCCGCUUUCCCGGCGGCUGGGCGGACGACAACGAUGACGACGAGAAUAACGACAGCGCUGCCCGCCCAGCAGGUCUGAUGGCGACAGCGAAGGCGGUGGCCGCAGCGGUGAAGGCAACGGCUGGCAGAAUUCCGCGGCGCGCGCGACUCUCCUUGAAGAACCCGCAGAUUAAGGCGUACGCGCAGAUGCUCGAGUCGCAGCAGACGCGGAUCGCGUCGGAAGUCGGUGUGGCGUGGAACAAGAUGGUUCACAGCCAGGCAGCUGGGAGUAGCCAGCUGGGAGUAGCCAGCUGGGGAGUAGCCAAUCUACAAGCGAAUAUCACAACAGGGCGACAGAACACCCUUCCCUUCCCUUCCCUCCUCCCCCCACCCCCCGCAGCUACAAGCGAAUCUCACAACAGGGCGACAGAACACCCUUCCCUUCCCUUCCCUCCUCCCCCCACCCCCCGCAGCUACAAGCGAAUCUCACAACAGGGCGACAGAACACCCUUCCCUUCCCUUCCCUCCUCCCCCCACCCCCCGCAGCUACAAGCUAAUCUCACAACAGGCUACAAGCGAAUCUCACAACAGGGCGACAGAGCACCCUUCCCUUCCCUUCCCUCCUCCCCCCACCCCCCGCAGCUACAAGCACACGUCCAACAGCUUUUGCGAUGCUCACGCCGGCGGGCCAGCUCAUGUGCGCACCUUUGUCCCUCCACCUUCCCCCCUCCACCUUCUCCCCUCCCACUUCCCCCCCUCCCCCUGCCCCUCCCUCACCCCCCCAGCUACAAGCACACGUCCAACGGCUUCUCCGCCAUGUUCACGCCGGGGAAGCUUUGGCGGCUGAAGCGCCACCCUGCCGUGGCGUCCGUGCGGCGGAGCACACUCAAGCGCCUCCUCACCACCGACUCGCCCACCUUCCUCGUAAUGAACACCACAUCCUCUGGCACCACCAGGUCGCUCUGGCCCGCGAAUGGCGGGCAGGCGAAGGCGGGAGACGGCAUGGUGAUUGCGAUUGUGGACUCGGGCAUCUGGCCGGAACACCCGUCGUUCAGCGACAAAGGGUUCUCCUCGUCGCGGCCUGCUGGGUGGUCGGGGAACGCCCAUGGGUUGGAUCUGUCCGCUGAUUGGCUGUCGCCCCGUGACGCCUACGGUCACGGCACGUGGUGCGCGGGAGCGGCAGCGGGAAACAGUGGAGUGCCCAUGGCGGGCGGCACGGCGAGCGGCAUGGCGCCAGCAGCGCGCCUCGUGGCGUACAAGGUCUUGUGGUCGUCCAGCUGGGGUGGAGACAGUCGGGCGGAGGAGGCGGGCAUCAUCGCAGCCGUCAAUCAGGGCGUGGCGGACGGCGUGGAUGUGAUCUCGCUCUCCCUGGGCGUCGUGAACCCCACCGACACCUACUUUGACAACAUCGCCUUCCUCAACGCCAACCUGGUAAGUCCUUCUCCCCUCCCUGAUCCCCUGUUUUCUCUCCUUGGCUCUCCCGACCUCUUUUCACAUCCCACCUACUUCGACGACAUCGCCUUCCUCAACGCCAACCUGCUUUUGAGGAUUCCAACUCGCUGCUCCCCUUCCUGUCUUCCUUCUGUUACCCUCCCUGAUCCUCCCUGUGCCAUUCUCUCAUGUGCCAUUCUCCCCUGUGCCAUUCUCCCCUGUGCCAUUCUCCCCUGUGCCAUUCUCCCCUGUGCCAUUCUCCCCUGUGCCAUUCUCCCCUGUACCAUUCUCCCCUGUGCCAUUCUCCCCUGUGCCAUUCUCCCCUGUGCCAUUCUCCCCUGUGCCAUUCUCCCCUGUGCCAUUCUCCCCUGUGCCAUUCUCCCCUGUGCCAUUCUCCCCUGUGCCAUUCUCCCAUGUGCACCUCUCGCCUUUGAGAAAUCACUUCUUUGCACUGGCUCUCUCGCUUUUGUUGAUUUCCCUCAGCUCCCCUCCCUCCUCACAUCCCUACUCCCCUCCCUCCUCCCCUCCCUCCUCCCGUCCCUCCUCUCCUCCCUUCUCCCCUCCCUACUCCCCUCCCUCCUCCCCUCCCUCCUCCCCUCCCUACUCCUCCCUCCACCCCUCCCUACUGACCUCCCUUCUCCCCUCGCUACUCUCCUCCUUCCUCCCUCCCCUACUCCCCUCGCUUCUCCCCUCCCUACUCCCUUCUCUGCUCCCCAAUUGUCUCUCUGCCAUCACGUGCUGCCAUCACAAUGCCUGCUUAUCUCACCUCCUCUCCUCUCCUCUCCUCUCCUCUCCUCUCCUCUCCUAUCCUCUCCUCUCCUCUCCUCUCCUCUCCUCUCCUCUCCUCCCCUAUCCUCUCCUAUCCUCUCCUAUCCUCUCCUCUCCUAUCCUCUCCUAUCCUAUCCUCUCAUAUCCUCUCCUCUCCUCUCCUCUCCUCUCCUCUCCUCUCCUCUCCUCUCCUCUCCUUUCUCCUCUCCUCUCCUAUCCUUUCGUCCCAAUGUCCAGGCUGGGGUGGUCGUGACCUUUGCUGGGGGCAACUCGGGCAGCCCUGGGUUUGCCACUCGCACGAUCGACAACUACGCACCCUUCUACCUCACAGUCGGCGCCAGUGCCUCCAUCGCCACACAUUCAUCUCAUUUUGAGUUGGUGUUAGAAAGAACACAGGCUGGUAUGUUAGCAUUGCUUUCAUCCUGCCACCCCCUUAUCUCCCCGCAUUACCACCAUGUUCCCCCCAUAUCCCCCCACCCCAACCUCCUCCCACGGUCUCCCCAACCUCCCCGCGUAUCCUCCUGGCCAAUUCCCCCUAAACGUCCCCGCAUCUCCCUGCACCACUCCCCACUCCUCCCCACUCCUCCCUACUCCCCGCUCCUCCCUAUUCCUCCCCACUCCUCCCCACUCCUCCCUAUUCCUCCCCUCUCCUCCCCACUCCUCCCCACUCCUCUCUAUUCCUCCCCUCUCCUCCCCACUCCUCCCCACUCCUCCCUAUUCCUCCCCUCUCCUCCCCACUCCUCCCCACUCCUCCCUAUUCCUCCCCACUCCUCCCCUCUCCUCCCCACUCCUCCCCUCUCCUCCCCACUCCUCCCCACUCCUCCCCACUCCUCCCUAUUCCUCCCCACUCCUCCCCAAUCCUCCUUAUUCCUCCCCUCUCCUCCCCACUCCUCCCCACUCCUCCCCACUCCUCCCUAUUCCUCCCCUCUCCUCCCCAAUUCUCCCACAGCACCAUCGCCCAGAGCGGCAUCAUUCUCGCCAGCUCAGCAGACGUCACCCUCCGCCACACCAUCAUCGACCAAUCAGACGUCACCCUCCGCCACACCAUCAUCCACCAAUCAGACGUCACCCGCCGCCACACCCGCCGCCACACCCUCACCCGGCGAAUCCGCCCCAAAGGUCGCCGAUUUCUCCUCCACGGGCCCCCUCGCCUUCCCGACUGCCGGCCCCAGCAACGGCCAUGCGAACGACUGCAUCUUAAAGCCCGACAUUCUCGGCCCGGGAGUGGAUCUCUACGCUGCUGCACCAGGCACCCGCGUGGGAAACAAGGGCGGGUCCAAUCAGGUCUCUGGAAUUUCCAUGGCGACGCCUCACCUGGCGGGGAUCGCUGCGCUGGUGAUGCAGAAGUACCCUUCUUGGAGCCCCGCGCAGGUCAUGUCUGCAAUCAUGACCACCGCCACCACCAAGGAUUUCAACGGCGCUGCCAUCUCUAGUAAACGCACCAAGAUAGCCACCACGCCGUGGGAUAUGGGCAACGGGCAUGUGUUCCCACCCAAGGCUCUCGACCCUGGGCUCACAUUUGACGCUCAGAAGAGCGAGUAUCUGAAUUUUCUGGCCGGGCUGGACAUGAAGAGGACCUGGGCAGAGUACCCAAAAGAAAAGCUCACUGCUGUGCCGCCUAGAGAUCUCAACCGCCCCACCAUUUCAGUGGCGCCCCUCAAAGGCUCGAUCACAGUCACACGCACGGUCACCAGUGUGCCUGACUCUGCCUCCACUUACACUGCCAAGGUUGAGAAGCCUCAAGGGGUGGAGGUGACUGUGAAGCCCAGCAGAUUCACCAUCUCGCCUGGUAAGAAGGUCCGCUUUGUGGUGACCUUCAAGGUUACUCAGGCCUCGGAGGACUUUCAGUAUGGGAGCCUCACUUGGGUGGAUGAGAAGGGUCACUCUGUUCGGUCGGCGAUUGCAGUCAAGCCUGUCGGGAAGUGA